ACACUCGUAAUGAGACACGCACACAUUUCACUUGUUGUCACUCCGUCAGGGCUCAGGCAGGUCGAGUGUGUUUGUCCCGUUACUCAUGACGGAUCUGUGGCAUCUAAUGUUAGCGUUGACAAAUUAGUCGUCUUAUCAAGCGACAACAACAAACCGAUUCAGAGGUGACACGUGGAGUUUGAGCUUCCAGGUUGAGGCAAGAAUUCAAAACCAGGGAAACUAGAUAAAGAAGAGAAUGUUGUUAUGAUGAGCAGCUGAGACCAACUGAGACCAACACAAACACACCAACACCACCAUGAGUACGUGGCCGGUGCACUCGACCUCGCCUUCAGACGAGGACCCGAUGACGCCUCCACCCAUGACCACACCUCCGCGAAAAGCCUCGGUUCGCCUCCAGGAGAGGCGGGGCUCCAACUUGUCUCUCCUGCUGGAUGUUAGCACGCUGGGGGCGGAGCCUGUCUGCUCCGUCUCCACCCCUAAGGAGGUGUGGCUUCAGCUGCUUCACACCUCCUCACGCCCUCUGACCCAUGACCUUCUGCAGGAGGCUGCCGAGGACACGAACGCGCUGAAUGCUGAGUACCAGAAGAUUCCUCCAAACUUCGUGAACGCUGCAGAGCUCAACGUCCCGGGACACACGGUGAAAGACAGAUAUAAGACCAUCCUGCCCAACCCCGAAAGCCGUGUGAUCCUCAGGAACCUGGAGGAGGAGUCGGGCCCGGACCACUACAUCAACGCCAACUACAUCAGGGGCUACAGAGGGGCUCCCAGGGCCUAUAUCGCCACCCAGGGGCCAAUGGUGCACACUGUGGGGGAUUUCUGGGACAUGGUUUGGCAGGAGAGGAGCAGCAUCAUCGUCAUGGUUACCAGACUGAAGGAGAACAACGAGAAGUGUGAAGUAUACUGGCCACAGCCGAGGGACUGGAGGGAGGAGGAGGAAGAUGAGGAGGGUGAAGAGGGAGGAGAGACGAGUCGAUUCGGCAGAUUCCUCCUCAGAGUGAAAGACAGCCGAGAGAAAGAUGGGUUCACUGUCACCGACAUGGAGAUACAGCUUGACUCAGAGCGCCGUCCGGUCAGACACUACUGGUUCACCUCUUGGCCGGACCACCACAUCCCACAAUGCUUUGCUACUCUGCUGAGACUCGUGGAGGAGGUGGAGACGUACAGCAGGUCCUUGGCUCCUCCCACCGGCUCUCAGCCAAUCGAAGGCCCCACCUCCGGUCCUGGACCAAUCAUUGUCCACUGCAGUGCAGGUAUUGGGAGGACAGGUUGUUUUAUAGCCAGUAGUAUCGGUUGCCAGCAGCUCAGAGAAUCUGGUCAGGUCGACGUCCUGGAGACGGUUUGUCAGCUUCGACUCGACAGAGGAGGGAUGAUCCAGACCCCGGAGCAGUACCAGUUCCUGUACUCUACACUGGCCCAGUACAGCAGCCAGCUCCAGAACCAGCACCAGAACCAGAACCAACCUGACACCAACCUGCCCCAGCACCAGCAGAACCCAGAGGACCGGGUCAGCGUACAGCUCCAGGACCUCCAGCUACACGGCAAACACAACAGGGAGAACUGAGGAGAACCGGAAGCUGGAGAACCUGGAGAACCAAGCUGAAGGCAGCUGGGUGGACGCCUGCAGAACCCGAAGAACUGACACAAACCAGAGCAGAGCUGCAGGAACCAGCACAGGAAACUGGACUUUGUUCUGCCCAGACUGAAGAGCAGGCCCAGUUCAUCCAAGAACCCGACAGGAAGCAGGACGAGGACGGCUCCACCAGUAUUAGUUUUAUUAUACGAGGUCAAAAACAGCAACGAGGCUAUUUAAGGAUUAUUUGAAUGUUUUAUUGAAUGUAUCAGGACGUAAACACCUGAACCUCCAGAAUAAAGAACCAAUUUAUCAGAA